UGAGCGCAGGGAGCGGAGCGCAGGCGAGGCGAGGACCUCGCGGGGAGCGGAGCCGCCGGCAUGACCGCAGAGCAGCGGCAGAGUCUGCACGCCUUCCGGGACCAUGUCAGGAACAUCGUGGACUCUACCUACAUCCUGAGCUACGUGACCCCCUGGUUUAGGGACGAUGAGGUGCAGCAUAUUCAGGCUGAGAAAAACAACAAGGGCCCAAUGGAGGCUGCCUCACUUUUUCUCCAGUUCCUGCUGGAGCUCCAGGAGGAAAGCUGGUUCUGUGGCUUUUUGGAUGCCCUUGACCAAGCAGGUUAUUCUGGACUUUAUGAUGCCAUUGAAAGUUGGGAUUUCCAAAAAAUUGAAAGGUUGGAGGAGUAUAGAUUACUUUUAAAGCGUUUACAACCAGAAUUUAAAUCCACGAUCUAUCCAAAAGGUAUCCUUCCUGAAAUAUCUGAACGUUUAAUUAAUCAGGAAUGUGAAGAAAUUAUUCAGAUUUGUUCCAUCAAGGGGCUGAUGGCAGGUGCUGAGAAAAUGGUUGAAUGCCUUCUCAGAUCAGACAAGGAGAACUGGCCCAAAACUUUGAAACUUGCAUUGGAGAAAGAAGAGAGCAAGUUCAGUGAACUGUGGAUGGUAGAGAAAGGUGCAAAAGACGUCAAAAUGAAAGAUCUUGAGGAUGAUGAAAUGAAAACUUUGGAUGUACAGAUUUUCUACAGGGAAGAACCAGAAAACCAGAAUCUUAGUCAGAAUUCAUGCCCUUCUUCAGUGCCUCAUACUUACAGCCCAUUGAAGCCAAGAAAUUACCAACUAGAGCUUGCUUUACCUGCUCAGAAAGGAAAAUACACAAUAAUAUGUGCUCCUACUGGUUGUGGAAAAACCUUUGUUUCACUUCUUAUAUGUGAACAUCAUCUUAAAAAAUUUCCACAAGGACAAAAGGGGAAAGUUGUCUUUUUUGCUAUUCAACUCCCAGUGUAUGAGCAGCAGAAAUCUGUGUUCUCAAAGUAUUUUGAAAGACUUGGGUACAAAGUUGGAGGCAUUUCUGGAGUAACAUGUGACAGUGUCUCAGUGGAACAGACUGUUGAGAACAAUGACAUCAUGAUUUUAACUCCACAGAUUCUUGUGAACAGCCUUAACAAUGGGACGAUUCCAUCACUCUCUGUCUUUACUUUGAUGAUAUUUGAUGAAUGCCAUGACACUAGUAAACAUCAUCCUUAUAACAUGAUCAUGUUUAAUUAUCUAGAUCAGAAACUUGGAGGAUCUUCAGACUCACUGCCCCAGGUCAUGGGGCUGACUGCCUCAGUUGGCACUGGGGAUGCCAAAAAUACAGCUGAAGCCACAGAAUAUAUCUGCAAAUUGUGUGCUUCUCUUGACACAUCAGUGGUAGCAACAGUCAAAGACAACUUGGAGGAACUGGAGGAGAUUGUUUAUAAGCCCCAGAAGUUUUUCAGGAAAGUGGAAUCAUGGACCACCGACAGAUUUAAAUGCAACAUAUCUCAGUUGAUGAUAGAGACAGAUCUGGUAAAGAGUAUCUUUGAAGAACUUGGUACCAUAACUCUCGAAAACUUAUCUCAAAUUCAAAAUAGGAAUUUUGGAACACAGAGAUAUGAACAGUGGAUUAUCGCAGCUCAGAAAGCGCGCAUGGUGUUUCAGAUGCCAAAGAUGAAGAGAGAAGGAUUUGUAAAGCACUUUUUCUACACGUCACAUUUGUGGAGAUACAAUGAUGCCCUCAUUAUCAAUGAGCAUGCUCGAAUGAAAGAUGCUCUGGAUUACUUAAAAGACUUCUUCAGAAAUGUCCAAGCAGCAGGAUUUGAUGAGAUUGAGCAAGCUCUCACUCAGAGAUUUGAAGAAAAGCUGUAGGAACUAGAAAGUAUUUCCAUGGAUCCCAGCAAUGAGAACCCUAAACUGAAAGGUCUCUGCUUCAUCUUGCAAGAAGAGUACCACUUAAGCCCAGAGACCAGAAUCAUCCUCUUUGUGAAAACCAGAGCACUCGUGGAUGCUUUAAAGAAAUGGAUUGAAGAAAAUCCUAAGCUCAGCUUUCUAAAACCUGGCAUAUUGAGUGGACGUGGCAGAACAAAUCAGAAAAUAGGAAUGACCCUCCCAGUACAGAAGUGUGUACUGGAUGCAUUCAGAACCGACGGAGAUAACAAGAUUCUGAUUGCCACCUCAGUUGCUGAUGAAGGCAUUGACAUUGCUCAGUGCAAUCUGGUCCUCCUAUAUGAGUAUGUGGGCAAUGUCAUCAAAAUGAUCCAAACCAGAGGCAGAGGAAGAGCAAGAGGGAGCAAGUGCUUCUUUCUGACUAGUAAGAUGAAUGACUCCAUUUUAAGCCUGCAGACGUGAGAUGAAGCAGUAUUUAAAGAAAAGGUUUGCCAGAUACAGAUUCAUGAAAAAUUCAUCAGGGAUAAUCAAGGAAAAGCAAAACCUGUGCUUGAUAAGGAAAAUAAAAAACUGCUCUGCAGAAAGUGCAAAACCUUUGCAUGUUAUACAGCUGAUAUAAGAGUGAUGGAGGAAUGCUAUUUCACUGUGGUUGGAGUUUCUUUCAGGGAGCACUUUGUGAGUAAGUUACACCCCAGACCAAAGAGCUCUGGGAGUUUUGAGACGAGAGCAAAGAUCUUCUGUGCCGGGGAGGACUGCAGCUACGACUGGGGAAUCCAUGUGAAGUAUAAGGUAUUUGAGAUUCCAGUUAUAAAGAUUCAAAGUUUUGUGGUGGAAGAUGGUGCACCUGGAGCUCAGACACUGUAUGCAAAGUGGAAGGACUUUCAUUUUGAGACCAUCCCAUUUGAUGCUGCAGAAAUGUCCACUUGAGAUCAGGACCUCAGUCUGCAGGGAAUGGGUGACCUUGAGUGA